UAUGAAAACUUAUAAACCAGUUUAUAAUUAUUUUAUCACAUCAGUUUUUCAGCAUUGCUGUUUGUAUUUCUUUAUUUCGGGAAUAUCGGUGGACUUUUUUGCCUUUUGAUAGUCGAUUGCAGUCGCAGAUAUUUGGCCUUGGCGCAACCGUUACAGGAUACCUGUCCUUCAGUAUCACAGCCUUUGACAGACUGUUUUGGAGUCUAGCUGUCCUUACCCAGCGCACAGCUGUUCAACAAAAGCUGCAACAUUCGAUUAGGUGUUACUAGUGAAGUUUCAAAACUGCAAAUUGUGUUCAUGGUUGCUGGAUUUGGACAUUCCGACCUGGGAAAACAUGGAUCUUAAUGUCGGCAAAGCCACAGUGGUUGAAUUAUCCAAAAUCAGCAAGAACGGCACCGAUCAUCCAGCGAUGCAUGAUCAUGCUGCGAGUGGGUCAGAGCAUGAAAAAUAUCACGAGAAGCACAAAGGACAUGAGAGUAUGCAUGCAGAGAUGUUUCUUAUCCUUAUCGUGACGCUAGUUCUGGCCCACAUAGCACUGACAAUCUGGAAGAAACGUCACUUCCGUUCCUAUCAGGCUGUUUCGUUGGUCGGGUUGUUGGUCGUGCCGGUUGUGAUUUCGAUAAAUCAUGCAUGGUAUAGAUUCGUUGCGGUGUGGUCUGUCUUCUGCACAAUAACGGCACUGGUUAUGAGCAAAGGCAUGCGGAAACCGGUAGCUGCAUCUACGGCAAGACUGGUGUACAAAUACUUCUACGCAGUCCACCUGGUCAGUGGAUUUCUCAGUGUGACUGGAUACUGCAUGCUGCUUUUUGGACUUUUCGGGCUUAAUGCUUUGUUCUUCGUGGAUCCGAAAACAUGGUUUGAUACGGGUCUGCAUCUUCUUUUCUAUGGAUUUUAUUAUGGUGUAAUAGGCAGGGAUUUUGCCGAUGUUGUCACCCACAAAAUGGCAUUUCAUAUCGGGUAUUAUUCCAUAGAAGGGAUACCUUCGAAAAAGCUUGAUUCGCGCACAUGUGCGCUUUGUGGAAAUUACCUGCUUGUUACGGAAACCGAAGAAACAGCCGUAGAAAAGACGUACCGCUUAAGUUGCGGCCACCAGUUCCAUGAAUUCUGUCUACGAGGCUGGUGUAUCAUUGGCAAAAAGGAUGUUUGUCCUUAUUGUAAAGAAAGAUUCAAUACCAAAGCAAUAUACCAAAACCCAUGGGACCGUCCACACGUUCUACUCGGACAAUAUUUGGAUAUCCUCAGAUAUCUCUUAGCGUGGCAACCGUUGAUACUCUAUUCUGAUGGUAUCCUGUACGAACUAUUGGGUCUUUCCUGAAUUCCGGCCUACCGGAGGUGAUCCUGCCCAGGGCUGCUGUACUCCAGACCAAAUUGUUUUUUUUGAAAGUUUUUCUUGUACGUAAAUUAUUUUUGUUUUUAAUUUAUUUGUUCAGCUAGGGAAUACCAUGAAAUUGUGUACUGUAAUGAAAUUUCGAACGUGAUGUGAUACGAAAGCCUGGUGACAUUGGUGUGACCUUGCAAAGGUCAGAAUAUAAAACGCAUUUGCAUUCUAAAAUUCGUGGGCCUGCAGGUUGUUUAUAUAGAAGUACUGGUUUUUCGUCCGUUCUGCUGCAGUUCUGUAGAUGCCAGGUACUGUGGAAAGAAAAGCACUGUUUUAG